AUCAUUUAUUUCCUGAGAUCGAAUUAACAAAUUUUGUUUGGAAACUUAAAAAAGUACUUAUUAAUUACAAUAAUGUAAUAAAUACUAAUGAAAUAAUGUAUCAUACAUAUAUCAAUGCCUUCAUAACAACUGUCAAUAAACAUAUAAUACAACACAUAGAUAAGAAAUUAAGAUUAACCAAUAAAAUAGGUCUAGAUGAAAGUUUUGGAUAUGGUCUCACAGAUUACGUGAUGAAAGUUGUUGAUAUUUUGGUAUUGAUAUGUAAAGCAAAGUUAGAAAAUAUGAAUAAGAGAUUUGCGCAAUCAUCGGAAAGUCAACAGAUUCAAAUUACUAAAGAAUUUAUUUGCAAUUUUAUUAAUACUAUGGAACCUGAAAAAAAAGUUUUAAAUUAUAUUGCACAAAUAUUACAAAUUCAGGCCAAGACAUUUGGUGAUUGUGAUGAUAAUGAUAAAGAUAGUGGCCAUUCACAAAAAUAUCAAGAA